AUGUCCAGCCCCAGCCAGAACCAGAACGCUCUUCUGCUGCUCGUACAGCAGCUCCAGCAAGAGCUCCAGAACCAGCGAUCAGAGAUUACCUCCCUGCGCGACAGCGUCGCCCAGCUCCAGCUCCAGCUUCAGUCCCGCCAGCACCCGAACGACGCUCAGACGCGAGUCCGAGUGCGCCUACCAGACCCGCCCAAGUUCGACGGCAAACCGCACACGCUGCGCACAUGGUUACCGUCUAUCCGAGCUAAACUCCGAUCCGACCAGCUCACAGGAGCUGAUGCCUUCGAUUACGUAUGGGAUUGUCUUGAGCAGCCUCAACAGGCGUCUAUCCUCCACCUCCGCGAACAGUCUGAAGAGCUUUUAGAUUGGGACCUAGAACAGAUUUUUUCGUUUUUCCAGCGCCUCUGCCACAAUCCACGUGAGUAA